UUGCAGUCACAGCGCGAGCGCGCCCGGGGAGCCGUUUGAGAACUUGACUCCCGGGGCCGGGUAGAGGCCGUCUGCGACCGCAGCCUCGCUCGGUCCGGCGGCGCCAUGCGGCUCUGGCUGCUGGCCGUGCUGGGGCUGGGAGUGCUGGCGGAUGUCGGCCGCGCGCAGGGCAGGAGCGCCAGGCCGGUCCUGCCGACCAUCACCAACCAAACGUUCAUCGGCGCCUGCGUGCGGGAGCACAACAAGCACCGCACCGCCGUCCGGCCCGCGGCCGCCAACAUGCUCUACAUGACUUGGGAUGCAGCUUUAGCACGGACUGCCAGGGCAUGGGCAAAAAAAUGCCUUUUUAAACAUAGUCCAUAUUUAACAAAAAAAUUUAUGUCCCAUCCUCAUUAUGGGCAUGUUGGAGAAAAUAUCUGGACUGGACAUUACAAGUUAUUUGGUGUCCCUGAAGCCAUCAAAUUAUGGACCGAUGAAGUCCAGCACUACGAUCUUCAGACUCACAAGUGUACUAAAACAUGUGGUCAUUAUACUCAGGUUGUUUGGGAUAAUUCUCAUAAGGUGGGCUGUGCUGUUGUUUUUUGUCGUAUGGCUGCGGGAGUAAGUAAUGCAGCACAUUUUAUAUGCAACUAUGUACCAAGUGGCAAUUACCCAAGAAAACCUUAUAAAGCAGGAGCAUCAUGUAGUCAGUGCUCAAAAGAGGACACCUGUGUGGAUAAUCUGUGUAGAAAUCCAAAACGUGAUAAAAUUAUACGUUAUACAAGAUGGUAUCCACCCUGGGAGAAUAGGAUCGUAUGUGAUGAGUCCUGUAUUGCUGUUGUGGUUUUAAGACCAUCACUGAUGUUAAUGGCUUUUCUAAUUGUUUUUCUUAUGCAGAAGCGUUAUUCAAAUAUGAGUAUAUCUAAAUAAUCUAUUUGAAAUAUAUAUUUCGUGAAAAGUUACAACAAGCCUUUAAAAGAUUAAUAGGUCACACCCACCUGUUAAGAGAAUUCUCUUGAUUGAUAUUUUUACAGUGAAUUUGAUCAUUUAAAACAUAUUAUAAAGUGCUAUGGAUGUUUAAUGGGUUAUAAAGAGUAACUUAUUUUUGCCCUAAGCCCUUACUUAUGGUAUUUAUAAAUAUAGAUAAAUAUAUUGUAUUAAAGAUGUGAAAAUAAUAAAAAAGGCAAAAUUUUAAGUUAAAGGUGACAGUCUGGCAAGAGUCAUCAGAGGGAUAUCUAGUAAAUGGUUUUUUCAUGAUGAAAUUUUACAAAUAAAGAGGAACACCUGGCAUCUGAAAUUCAGUAAGUAAAUUAAAACAAACUUUCCACUUUAUAGUAUUUGUAGUUUCCACUAUAUAAAUAUUUGAAGUGGAGACUGCUUAAUUUAGAUGUCUGUCUACAGAAUCAUACUGUUAUGGACCUAAUCCUACUUUUCUGGAGUCAAGUCAAAACUCCAAGUAAAAUGGGAACAGAAUCAGAUAUCACUUCUAUAAAAAGAAAGCAUUUUAUAAAUAUUCAAUAGUACUAGUAUAGCUCUAGAAAAUUUAGAUACAUUUGUAAAUGGUAGCUAUUCUUUAAGGUUUCAACUAUUAAAAAUUAUCCUUCAAUUAAUUUGUUCCUAACUUAUUUUGAACUUAGGAAAAAUAUAUACAGUGAGUAAAAUGCUCCAAUUUAGACUUUUCUUGUAGUUCCUGGUUUGCUGUCACAACCAUUGUUAUUUAAAUAUGGAUACCUUAUCUGUUUUUCAAUGUAAAACAAAUACAGAAUUUUAUCUGAGAACCAUUCCAAACCCUCUGAUAAAUAUGUGUACCUGUAUUUUAUCCAAGAGACUUUAAAGGCAUUAAAGGUAUCCUUUUUAGAUAUAUUUUAACCUGAAUUGCUGAAAAGAGCAUAUGUAUUGACUCAGGGAUGUUAAAGUAUUUUUCUUUUGCUAUGUAGUAAAUUCUAAAGCAAAGAUUGGUCCAAUAUGUCUAAUAUUUAGUGAGGGCUUGUCUACACAAAAACACUUAGUUUGCAGCGAACUGGGGUGUAAAUCUACCCAGCAGUAGCCUGCUGCACACUAAAUGUCCAUGAGGAUCAUGCUGCCACACACUAGAAGUUCUGUAGUGUGCUUUAAUCUUCUCUGCUUUGCAAUGGGAAUAGAUUAAAGUGCACUACAGAAUUUUUAGUGCACAGCAGCAAAGUCCACACAGACACAGUGUGCAGCAGGUUAGCACAGGAUAGAUUUACACCCCAGCUCACUGCAAUCUAAAGUGUUUGGGUAGACAAGCACUGAGAUUGCUUAAAGCAAUUCUAGUCUACAUGGUAAAUAUGUAACUUUUUACAAAAUGUGUAUUGUCUCAGAAAUCUUUAUUAGUUCAAAAGCUUUAUUGAUAGUUUUUUGUUUGUUUGUAUUUUUAAAGCACAGGGUCAAAUCCUGCCAUGUUUUCAUGCCCAGAGCUCAGGAUGAAGUUAAUAGGACAUUCCCACAUGUUCAUUUUAGGGAACAGUUGGCCGAUAAUACCUUUAUAUAUUCCAUUGUAGUUCUAAAACAUUAUACUUGUCCUAUAAUACUAUAUUCAGAAUUGUAUUGAUUCAUUUUAUAAAGUAUCCCAGAGUAAAAAUGAAUCUGUUCAUAAAAACUUAUUUAAAAACAGUUAUUGGACAUAAAUGCUUUUACAUUUCUAAACAUUUAGAAUGUACCUAUUUCAAAACUAAAGUUACCAAGAGGGUUGCUAAUUUUUUUAACUUGGGCAAAAUUUUUCACAAAUGGGUGCCUAAAAUUGGGCAGGCAAAGCCAUACUUAGGGACCUAAAUAAAAGUUGCCCAAUAUUCAAAGUUGCGCAACAUCUGUAACUCCCAAUGACUUCAAUGAGUUUCAGAUGCUCACACCUUUGAAAAUGAGUUUACUUAUUUAGGUGCCUAAAUAUGGCUUAAAGAGCCUAAUUGUAGGUAUCUGGAUUUGGAGAAAGGAAAAAAAAAAAGUCCUUAAUCCCUAACAUACAUAUGGUUUAUAUUUGUAAUAAAGCUUUUUAAAGUUUUAAGCUUCCUGUUUAAUGUUAUUCCAUAACUUUAAGGCACUACCUUUCUUGCAAGCAACAACAAAAAUCUAGUAAUAUUCAAACAUUACUCAACAUAGGAUUUCCUAGUUGUGGAAGAUAAUAUAGUUAUGGAAGAUAAUACAAUUAUACCUACUCAAACCACCAGGGAGAACUCCAUCAUCACUUAGUAGCUCCCCUUGUAACAAAAUUUGAGAAUUCAAAUUAUCUCAUAUGUCUCUCUGAAAACAAAAGAAACUAGUUUGAGAGCAAAGGAGGGAGGGAGGAGAUCUGUUGUCUUCGAAGUUUGUGUGAACACCUUCAGCACAUAUUGGCCAGACUUCUGCCAGCAUGGUUUGAGGCUUGUAAACCUUAAACUCAAGGCACAGUUAAGUGGGUUUGAGGUUUGCUCUGCAUUUUUUGGAGAGCUCUAGUUACAAAGUCCUAAACGAAAACAUGUGAGUCAUACAACUGCUUAACUAUCAGAUAGUGGUGCCUACCUAUUAGGAGACAAUUACUUUACCAUCAAUUCCUUUUUCAGUGGGAAAGUUUUCUGUAUGCGUGAAGCUUAUUUUUCACAUCUCAGAUGCUGAGCCUAGCAUGUAAUUGUUCUUUAGCUGUUUUCAACUUAGCUGUUUCUUUGUUAGUGAAGAUAAAGAGUGAGAUUGGAAGAUGCCUACAGGUUUAUCAAAAUGGGGAUUAGGAUAUGAUUAAUGUGCUUUACACAAUGCAUGGUUGUCAGCUAACAAAGCUUUUUCUGAAUGGGAGACGUACCAUUUUGUGACAAUCAUUCCAUGUUCAGUUCAAAUCUCAUACAGAAUGGGAAUGUGUACUCCAGGUAGCAUUGCACCUUUGUGAGCAUGAAAAAUUUGAGAUGGAUGGCCAAAGACACUCACCUAAAAAGGCCUCCACAUCUUCUGAGCCCUUCACAUGCCAUCUCAAAAGAUAAGAGAGAUGAACUAAGAGUCCUGAAUUUUUAUCCCAACCUUUCCGCUAUUUGUAUGUUUGUUAAUAUCUAAAAUUAUAUAAGCCAACAAAUGUUUUAUUUGCUGUAGAUGACAACUUUAUUUCCAUGUUUGUUUCAAAUAAAUUCUUUUCACCUUCA